AUGGCUCGAAAGAGAAAGACGGUCUCGAAGUCGGCAGAGGUGGUCUUCGGCAUCAAAGAUCCUUCCCCUGAACUCCUUUUGAUCCAAGAGGAGCAUUUAGUGGCUGAUACUGAGACGUUCCAUGAUCCGUGCGAUUUACUGGAGACAGAAGUCCUAGACCUAGGCGAUGGAGAAGGAACUAGUUUAUCUUCCAAACCAGUGAGUUGGGCUGAAGAGGCGAAACGAUGGACUUUCAGUAGACAGCCAAGAACAUUUGGAGCAAAUUCAACUCUAAUCAAGUUUCGUGAAAAGAAUUUGGGGAAGUUGGGUAUUGAGACAAUUGUUAGGAUGCACUCUGGGUUCACAUUGGUGAGCUUUAGAGAUGAGGAAACAAGGAAUAUAAUACUGGAAACAGGUGUCGUACACUUUGACAGCAAACAUGUAGUGUUAAGACCUUGGUUGACAGACAUGGAUGCUGCCAAUAUGGUCAAAUCUGUGCCUAUUUGGAUGAGACUCAAUGGCCUGGGACUUCAAUACUGGGAUAAGAAGAACCUUAGUGCUCUUGUUAGCACAGUGCGUAGGCCAAUAAUGGUUGAUAAAGUCACCCAAAAUAGAUCGAUGGUGAUGUAUGCAAGGGUUCUUGUGGAUAUGGAAAUUCAGCGAGAUCCUCCUAAGGCUAUAGCCUUUAUAAAUGAGAAGAAACAAUUGGUGGAACAGGCAAUUGUAUACGAGUGGCUCCCAUCUAAAUGUGUAUCAUGUGGUAAUCUUGGUCACAUUGUGGCUAAUUGUAACAAAGAUAAGGGAGUGGUUUGGAGGAAAAAAGAAGCACCAAGGGGCAAAAAUAUUGUCAACCAGUAA